UAAUGUCAGCUCGUUCUAAUGCCAAUGGGAGAAGAGCAAGUUAUUUAAAAAGACUGCCAGAAACCACUCCUUCUGUCACUUCCUUCUUGCAACGUUCUAAAAAAACUGCCAAUUCUUUCAUAGAUGGCCAUGAUAUGGCUAAUCCUGUCAAAACCGCUUUGCUCUUGUCCGACUUGUCCGCAACUACCGUUACUAAAACUCCUCAAAAGCAAAAAAAUGGGUCUGUUAUAACCCCUUCCAAAUGCUCUUUGGACGACUCUGUGGUGAUCUUACGUUCUGCCAAACGGCCUUGUCUUUCUAAACAAACUGAAACCAGUACAGAUAAACUACUCUCGCCUGCUCUUUAUUCCUCAAAAUCAAAUCUAGUUCAGACCACUCUGCAUUUACCAGAUCUAUCCACAACAUCUUCUCCUUAUACUCAAGCAGAUCUGCAAUCUCUAGACCCAGUCCCUGAUGAUGCAUCACCAAUAUCCUCCAUCCUUGAUAGUUCUGCUAUUGCUUCGACUUUUGAAACAACCUCUAGGUAUUCAUCAUCUGUUUCAGAUGCAUCGUUGAAAGAAGUAGCAAAAGAAUCUGAUCCAGUCGUGGAGGAUAAAGCACAUCUAGAACAGCAUGCUCAAAAGAAUAAUAUAAAUUUAAAACGGAAACACACAGAACAGAUAUUGGAUGAGGCUGAUACCAUUUUAAGCAGCUCAUCCAACACGUGUCUGCCGUCUACUCCCAUGCCUAUUGACGCUAUUAACAUGCCGGCUUUAGAAACUAUUGAGCCAGAUCGUUCAGCUUUAAUUGGAAAAAAUAUUUCAGUCACUUUACCUACUGAGAAACCUCCAAUCAAGGUUGCUGCAUAUAUUAAAUAUAAACACCUUAUCAAUGGCACUAGUUCUGCUUUGGAUACUCCGAGUAAACCCGCAGUGAUUCAUCGUCGCGAACUUCCUUCUCAUCUAGAGUUGCUUCAAAAAACUUUUGAAGCACUUGAAAAAGUGCAUGAUUUUACUACUGCUCGCGACCAACGAUGUAUCUAUCACAAAAUUCGCAGGGCAGUGGAGAACUAUAGCAACAGAUCAUUUGAGCUUUCCCAUUUGGCUCAAAUUAUGUAUAUAUACCCAGAGGCAUACAAUCUUCAAGCUGUUAGAACUGUGCAUGAUGGCGCGUCAGUAUCUUCAAUAUUAAUUGAGUCUUCUAAAGCUUCCCAUGAUGCAAACCAAUCUAUUUUUGAAGCUCUAGUUCAGCCUUCAAAAAACAUUGCAAAUUCAAUGCAUUUGCCUCCAUGUAUUCAGGGAAAACAACAAGAAAAUACCCCUUUAUCCGUGUCUCGUCGUACCAUAUGCCCUGAAACUCGAUCGAUUGAUGACUUUUCAACACACAAGCGACUAAUCAUGGCUGCGUCUAUGCUGGAGUCACGUCUUCUUACAUUUCGACGACGUUUAGAAGACUGGGUUGAUACAACACAUAAUGCCUUUUUGGAUGCAGAUCCUAGACGCAAAAUAGAGAUGGAGGGAUUGUGCGGAAUACCACAAUGGCAUUCUCAAUUUGAUUUAUCAACAGUUCCAGAAUUGCCAAUGGCUGCUCUUCCUGAACCUGAACUGACUCAUUUUCAAAAACUCUGGAAAAAAAGAGGCGGUUGUGAUAUGCCUGGAGUUGCAACCUCACUGACUGGUGCAUCGUUUCAAGGAUUGAAUGAACAGUUGGCAAAAAAGCUUGCUCAAAAAAUCAAGGCUCACUCUGAAACUACCGAAAAAAAGGAAUUGGGGUCAAAAACAUCCAUUGAUACACCCAAUUAUUCUGAAUUGUCGUUGGCUUCAAACGAUCCAUCUGAAACAGUAGAGUCGAAUAAUGGCACUCCAACAAAGAAAAUCUCUCGUGCGGCAGCUAUUGUUCUCAAGCUCAAGGAAAAAAACAGACUCAAAGCUGAAAAAGAAAAGGCUAACCCGACACCAUCAGCUGAAACCAUUAAACGGAUUGAGAUGUUGAAGCGUCUACCUAGUAUUGCUCAAGCCCUUAACAUACAUUACUCUAGUACUAAAAAAGUUGCUAUGCCACUUCCAAUGGCAUUAUCGUAUCUCACUGAUGGAUUUGCACACCACAACCUUUCGGCCAAUGACAUAUAUGACCAUGUCAUGUUACUUGUAGAUGUGGCUCCUAAUUUCUGCCAGAUCGUUGUAUCUGAAGGUAAACAGGUUUUGAAGUUGCUUACAACCCAUAAGCCAAUGGAAGUUGUUCGUGAAGCGAUUCGCAAUGUAGAUAGUAAUAAGAGUAAGAUUUUGAAUGUGCCGAGCAUUUCAAAAUAAAGAGUCGAAUCAAUCUAUGGAUUAACC